AUGAUUGAAGAAAUUCUUGUUGGUAUUCGUGAUUUUCUUCAACCUUAUUUACCGUUAUUAAAUACUCAUAAUGUUGAUUAUUUAACACGUGAUCAUUGGAAUACUUAUGUACCUAAAUGGAUUCGUCAAGAAGAAAGAAUUGAUCUUUAUGAUUUAUUUGAACAACGUUAUAGAGAAUGUUUACCAGCAAAAAAUUUUUUAGAAGAAUUUAUUGAUAAUAUAAUUGAAUGGAAAAGAAAAAUUGAACAGAUAACAUAUACACGUGAAAAAUUUGAAGAAGAAAUUUUACAAGAAAAACAUAAAAAUGAAUUAAAAUCAUACAAACAUACAACAAGAACAUUUAUGAGUAAAAAAAAAGAACAUGAAGUAGAAAUUUUAGCUCCUGUUAUUGAUCAAUUAGCUAAUAUGGCUAGUACUGAUUCGAUAAUUGAUUAUGGAAGUGGUCGUGGUUAUUUAGGUGUAAAAAUAUCUCAUGACUAUGAAAGAAAUGUUCUUGGUAUUGAAUCAUGUGAAGCAACUGUACAUAGUAGUGAACGACGUAUAGAACUUUUAUUAAAAUAUCAAAAAGACUUAUGUGAUAAUACUAAAUAUAAAACAACAUCAACUAUUGUUGAUAGUGAAACAAAUUUUCAAAAAUUAUUUUAUCAAACAUUUAAUUGUCAUUCAUUAUCAUUUCUUCUUUGUAGUCUACAUGCUUGUGGAUCAUUAUCAUGUUCACUUUUAUAUCAUUUUGUUAAAAAUCCUUCUGUACGUGCAAUAGCUAAUGUUGCUUGUUGUUAUCAUUUAUUAGAAGAAAAAUAUGUUGCAAAUCCAUUUACAAGUAUUGAAACUGAUCCAUGUAGUUUUCCAUUGAGUCAUCGAUUAAUUCAAGAAAAAACAAAAUUAGGUAGAAAUGCAAGAAUGCUUGCUGUUCAAUCAUUUGAAAGAAAUAAAGCAGAUCACACAUUAAAUGCUGGUUUAUGGUAUCGAGCAUUAAUGCAAGUCAUUCUUAUUGAAGUUUAUGGAUUAGCAACUGAUUUACAAGAUAUUAAAUUAGGAAAGUUAACUAAAAAAUCUUUAACAUUUGAAGAAUAUGUAUGGAAAGCAUUAGAUAAAUUAAAAUUAGAUAAAACAAAAAUAACAUCAAGUAUGAUCAAUGAUUAUUGGAUGCGUUAUGAAUCCUGUCAUCUUCAACUUCAUACAUUUAUUCAAUUGAAAGUUUUAUUUUCUGGCUUAAUUGAAAUGAUGAUUUUACUUGAUCGACUUGUUUUUCUUCAAGAAUCUGUACCGACGGCAUCAUCGUAUUUAGUGACACUUUUCGAUCCGAUCAAAUCACCACGUCGUUGGUGUUUGAUUUCAUUAAAAUAA